AUGAUGACUCAAAUAAAAUUGGAAUUUUUACCAAACGAAAUCUUAUUUCAAUGUUUUAAUUAUCUUAAUAUUAUCGAUAUUUAUUAUUCAUUCGAUCAAUUAAAUCAUCGAUUUAAUUCUCUUAUUCGAACUAUUCCAUUUGACUUGAACUUCACAAAUAUUAAAAACAAAUAUCAAUGUGAUGAAUUUUGUCAAAAAUUAUCAACUGAUGAAACAAUUCAAAAUCAACUUUAUUCAUUAUAUUUAUCAAAUGAAAAUACAUGUUAUCCAAUUCAUUUAUUUCUUUCAAAAUGUUCACUUUUACAAUUUCCACAUCUUCAUUCAUUAACUUUACAUAAAAUAAGACAAAAUAGUUGGAAAUCUAUUCGUUCAGUAUUAUCAUUAAUACCUAAAUUAUCUUCUUUUCAAAUGAUUGAUUUUCGUAUAUUACUUGAUGUUGAAUUUUCUGUACUACCUAUAUUACAAUUAAAUACAUUGAUUAUACCUGCACAACCACUUCCAGGAUCGAUUUUUGAUAUUGAAUUCUCAUGUAUUAUGCAUUUAUCGAUUAAUUCAUGUAAGUUAAAUGAUCUAUUGAUUCUUUUCAAGAAUGCACCAAAAUUAAAUCAUUUCAAAACAGACUAUUUACGAACCAAUAAUACAGAUGUAACAACAAAUAUCUCUGAUUAUAUUAAUAGUCAUGCAAAUAAUCUUAAAACAUUACAUAUUCAUCACAUUGAUUGCAGUGUUUCUAAUCUUUUUACUUUGUUAAAAAGAACGCCAAAUUUGAAGAAUUUAAUAUUACUAGAAUCUAGUGAUGUAAAUAUCAUCAAUGCUAAUGCAUGGCAAACUUUGAUUACAUCUUCUUUAUCUCAUUUAAAGAAUUUCAAAUUCAACUUUUAUGUCGAUGUUUUCCCACACCCUAAUCUUAUUAAUGAACAGAAUUUCAAGGAAUUUCGAAACGAUUUUUGGUGUAAGGAACAUUAUUGGCACACAGAAUACACCAUAAGAUCAUCUUCAGCAUCAAUUUAUACCAUACCGCAUCCAUGUGAUUCAUUUGGAUUUCAUCACUGUGGACAAAGAUACCACAGUGAAGCAAUUACUCACACACAUACAUUUAAUAGUGUAAAAGAUUUAUUACUUCGUCCUGAAGACUUGACAGAAAACAAUGAAUAUUAUUUUGCUAAUAUUGAUUUAUUGUCACUUGGAGAACCAUAUAUUUACCAAAAUGAAUAUAUUGAAAUAAAUUAUUCACAUUUAAAACAUCUUCAAACGAUGGUUAAUUUAUCGCAUAUCAAACAUUUGAUUCUCUUAUCUAAUUUAAAAUUUGAAACAUCAAAUAUAUUAAAAGAAAUAGUGAAAUCUACAACCCAAUUGACUUCAUUAAGUAUCGAUUAUUCUCUUUUACAACCAUGCUUGAACGAUGAUGAAUUGUGCAACUAUUUAAACAGAACUAUUAAAAAAUUGAAUAUCCGUGAUGAUCCAUUGAAGAUUUCAGAUCAAUUGAAACAUUUCUGUAAAGUAUUCUCAAAUCUAGAACAACUCAAAUAUGAUACAAAUGAAUCAAAUAUUUUAUUUUUAACGAAACAUUUACUCAAAUUAAAAUAUAUGGAAAUUCAAGUAUUUUUAUCUUCUAAUCAGCGGUAUUGGAUUAAUGAAGAAGUAGAAAAACUUCCUAUAGAUACAACUAUUGACUUUAAAGAUCAUGGUAAUAACUUUUUUAGUUUGUUCAUUUGGAUAUAUCGAAAGUAG